AUGUGCGAUAACGGUGACAACAUUUGUGGUCAAAAUGAAGUGUAUAGUGAGUGCGGCUCUGCCUGUCCACCCAUUUGCGAGAACCAGAGGAUAUCCCAUUCACGCGCCUGUCAUCGCAUGUGUGUCGCCGGCUGUUUCUGUGCCCCGGGAUAUGUGAGAGACCUACUUCGGGAUAAUCAAUGUGUUUUGGAAACAGACUGUUCAGUCGAUGACAUGUUGUAA